CUAGUGCGGUUGGAGCAGCCGCUUGACCGUGAACAGUGCGCUCGCUUCAACCUCACGGUGCAGGCCCAAGACCAUGGCCAGCCCCCACUGGCUUCCCGGAUGCACCUGUCGAUCACUGUGCAGGACAUCAACGACAGCCCACCCGAGUUCACUCAGCAGGUGUAUGCCGCUGCCGUGUCAGAAGUGGCUCCCGUUGGAUCGCCCAUCAGUGCGGCUGUCAAGGCCACAGCCGUGAUGUGGGUGUCAAUGCUCAGAUCACGUACGCUCUUGUUGCUGGCAAUGAUAUGGGGCACUUCAGCAUCGAACCCAAGACAGGUGUGCUGCGAGUGGCCCGCCCACUGGACUACGAAGAGACGCCCAGCUAUCAGCUAGCAGUGGAGGCUCGUGAUGGGGGCGAGCCACCGCUCAGUGCUCGUGCCUGGCUCAAUGUGUCCGUCUUGGAUGCCAAUGACAAUGCGCCCGUGUUCGGGGGACCCUACAGUGCCACCGUCACCGAGGACGCGUCCCCGGGUCAGCUUGUGCUCCAG